AUGGCCACCAUCUCCGUCCUUCCGGCAGAAGUAUUAGCAGCCAACGCUGAUGGAAUCAAACUUUUUGGACGAUGGGAUUCCGCCGAUGUGGAAGUCAAAGACAUCUCUUUGACUGACUAUAUUCAGAUCCGAAAUGCCGUCUUUGUCCCUCACACCGCUGGACGUUACGCCGUGAAGCAAUUCCGAAAGGCCCAGAUGCCCAUUGUUGAGCGUUUGGUCAACAGUCUCAUGAUGAAGGGUCGAAACAACGGAAAGAAGCAAAUGGCAGUCCGCAUUGUUGCCCAUGCAUUCGAAAUCAUCCAUCUCCUGACCGACCAGAACCCAAUUCAAAUCUUGGUCGAUGCUAUCGUCAACACUGGUCCCCGUGAAGAUUCCACACGAAUUGGAUCCCAGGGAACUGUUCGACGACAGGCCGUUGAUGUCUCACCUCUCCGUCGAGUCAACCAGGCUGUCUCUCUCCUCACCAUUGGGGUUCGCGAGUCUUCAUUCCGAAAUGUCAAGUCGAUCUCUGAAUGCCUGGCCGAUGAAUUGAUCAACGCCGCCAAAGGAUCAUCCAACUCGUACGCCAUCAAGAAGAAAGAUGAAUUGGAACGUGUUGCUAAGUCUAACCGAUAG